AUGCAGCUAGCCCAGUGGAAGCCCGACAGCGCUUCCCAGCAAUGCGAUAAUUGCGCCAAAGCGUUUGACUUGUUUCGCCGCCGGCACCACUGCCGGCUGUGCGGAGGGUUAUUCUGCUACGGCUGCUCCAACCUGUUCCUCCCCGGCGACUUGCUACUGCGGUGGUGGGACGCCAACGUGAAGGCCGCACAAACAACGCCGCUGUCGCCUUUACACACUGACACACCCCAUAGACUGCACCAGAUGUCACACAGCUUCAGCUUCAGCAGCACCAGCAGCAGCAGCACAAAUGCGGUGGAGCCGGCAGUGAAGUUGCGUGUCUGCACGCACUGCUAUGAGACUGUGGAGGCGUGCUCCGUGUCGGGGAGCGACACGUCGCUUGGGUAUUCGCACGGCCUCGGCGCUGCGCGGCAGGUGGGGACCAGCAGCUGCCCCAUACAGGGUGUGAACUCAUGCAGUAAAAACCGCGUCCCUGAUGUGUGCACACCGACGACGAGUGGUCGCGAAAGAAAGAUUUGUGUGAUAUCACUCCAGGGCCACAACACGGUGGAGAGCGGCGAACGCGCGGACCUCGCAGCCACCUUCGAUGCGUUCGAGAAGCUGACGUGCCGCACCAACCAACAGGCGGCGGCCGGCAACAACCCGAGCAGCAAGGACACAACACCGUCCCUCGGCCCGUCGCUCAGCUCCGCCUCUGACCUCUCAGGUAGUGAGAAGAACACCAUUGGUCCAUCGGUGUGGGAGAAUGGCGCGGAGGCGACGCCGAGGGAGCGGCAGCGCAUCGGGCGAGCUGCGUCAGCGCGUGCAUCGAGGCGACAACGCAGGAAGGUUGUGCUACGGUUGCCUGUCGCGCCCCCCAGCACCGAUGCGAGCAACGUUGCUGCUGACGUGGCGGUGCGCACGCAACUCGUGGGUGUGACGCAUCGCCAUGGUUUCGACAAGGCGCUGCUGCAGCAGCACACAAUCGGCACCGACGCGUACAUCAUUCUAGUCGAUAGUGAGGUCGGCUCGCCUAUCAGCGCAGGCAACAGCAGCAGCGUCAGGGGCAGCCCGGUUUCCGCAGUCGCCGUGCCGCACGAGUUCCCGAAAGAUGUGGUGGCGUCUCCACUCGGCACCGCGUACGACUCGCCAUCGCGUGAAAAAUGCAUGGCGAUGGUGCGCGUCGUGAGGGAGGCGAUUGCGCGGUACGGCGGCGACACACCCAUCUGUGCUGUCGUCGACUGCGCCGCGUCUGGUAGCACGAUUCUUGACGUCACCACCAUGUCUCCCGCAGGCAGCAGCAGCAACGCUCCGCAGGGUGCGGGCUCGACGACGGUGCGAUGCAGCAAGGAGAACCGUCAGCCGUGUGCGUCGGUGGAGGCGCAGGCAUCGGCGCUGCACUCGGCGCUCCUCCUCGUCGUGGGUGAAGUUCUCCGCCGGGACGUGGCACGCUGUGAGGGCUAG